AUGCUUUGGAGAUUGUGGAUACUGUCCUACAUUCCUCCUAGACUGUCCUUCAUUCCUCCUAGACUGUCCUACAUUCCUCCUAGACUGUCCUACAUUCCUCCUAGACUGUCCUUCAUUCCUCCUAGACUGUCCUACAUUCCCCCUAGACUGUCCUACAUUCCUCCUAGACUGUCCUACAUUCCUCCUAGACUGUCCUACAUUCCUCCUAGACUGUCCUACAUUCCUCCUAGACUGUCCUACAAUCCUCCUAGACUGUCCUACAUUCCUCCUAGACUGUCCUACAUUCCUCCUAGACUGUCCUACAAUCCUCCUAGACUGUCCUACAUUCCUCCUAGACUGUCCUACAAUCCUCCUAGACUGUCCUACAUUCCUCCUAGACUGUCCUUCAUUUCUCCUAGACUGUCCUACAUUCCUCCUAGACUUUCCUACAUUCGUCCUAGACUGUCCUACAAUCCUCCUAGACUGUCCUACAUUCCCCCUAGACUGUCCUACAUUCCUCCUAGACUGUCCUAUAUACCUCCUAGACUGUCCUACAAUUCUCCUGGACUGUCCUACAUUCCUCCUAGACUGUCCUACAUUCCUCCUAGACUGUCCUACAUUCCCCCUAGACUGUCCUACAUUCCUCCUAGACUGUCCUUCAUUCCUCCUAGACUGCCCUACAUUCCUCCUAGACUGUCCUACAUUCCUCCUAGACUGUCCUAA